CUAAGCUCAGAUUUGAUGGGGGAAAGGAAGGAGAGAGUACAGGAUGGAUAUAAAUGAGGUGGGAAAGGGGCCCCCUGGAAGAAAAGAGGGCAGCAAGGAGAAAAGCCGUUCUCACCCUCAGGUCUGCGGGUUGCCUGAGGCGUUCUGGAGUUCAAGAGACAUGGAUUUUAAAAGCCACCUGUUGGUAUCCCUCAAGAUGUUUAGGAUUUGGAUGCAUAUCAAGAUGCUCUGAAGAACAGUGACAGCCCUUCGGGGGAUAGCCGCUUCAACAUCAUGACCAAGGACAAAGAACCCAUUGCCAGGAGCUUUCAUUUUGUUUGCAUGAUAACCUUAAUAUUUGGAACCAUAAUCCAGUUCUCUGCUGAAAGUGAAUUUGCAGUAAAUGAGUCAAACAAAGGCCUUACUCAUGUUCCAAAAGGCCUGCCACCCAAAACCAUAGUCUUAGAUAUGUCUCAAAAUUACAUAUCUGAGCUUCACCUCUCUGACAUCAGCUUUCUUUCGGGACUCAGAGUUUUGAGGCUUUCCCAUAAUAGGCUCCAGUACCUUGAUAUUAGUAUUUUCAAGUUCAACCAGGAUUUGGAAUACUUGGAUUUAUCGCACAAUCAGUUGCAGAAGAUAUCCUGCCAUGCUGUCACCAGUCUCAAGCAUUUAGACCUCUCAUUCAAUGACUUCGAUGCCCUGCCCAUCUGUGAGGAAUUUGGCAACUUGACUCAUCUGAAUUUCUUGGGAUUAAGUGCUAAACAUUUACAACAAUCAGAUCUGCUACCAGUUGCUCACUUGCAUCUAAGUGGCAUCCUUCUGGAGUUGGAAGAUUAUUAUGUGAAAGAACAUGAGACAGAAAGUCUUCAAAUUCUGAAUACAAAAACACUUCACUUCAUUUUUCACCCAAAUAAUUUCUUCUCUGUACAAGCAAACAUAUCAGUUAGUAAUGUAGGGUGUUUACAACUGAGUAAUAUUAGACUGAAGGAUGAGAACUGUCACAUUUUAAUUACAUUUUUAUCAGAACUAACUAGAGGUCCAAACUUAUUAAAUAUUACCUUCAACCAUGUGGAAACAACUUGGAAAUGUUUGGUUAGAGUUUUUCAAUUCCUUUGGCCCAAACCUGUAGAAUAUCUCAAUAUUUACAAUGCAACAAUAGUUGAAAAGAUUGAUAAGGAAGAUUUUACGUAUUCUGAAACAUCACUGAAAGCGUUGAAAAUUGAACAUAUUACAAACAAAGUUUUUCUUUUUUCACAGACAGUAUUAUACACUGUGCUUUCUGAGAUGAACAUUAUGAUGUUAACCAUAUCAGACACACCUUUUAUACACAUGCUUUGUCCUCAAGCACCAAGCACAUUUAAGUUUUUAAACUUUACCCAGAAUGUUUUCACAGAUAGUAUUUUCCAAGAAUGCUCCACUUUAGUUAGAUUGGAGACACUAAUCUUACAAAAGAAUGAAUUAAAAGACCUUUUCAAAGUAAGUCUCAUGACUAAGGAUAUGCCAUCUUUGGAAAUGCUGGAUGUGAGCUGGAAUUCUUUGGAAUAUGAUGGACGUGACAGAAAUUGCACUUGGGCUGAGAGUAUAGAGGUGUUAAAUUUAUCUUCAAAUAUACUCACUGACUCUGUUUUCAGAUGUUUACCUCCCAGGCUCAGGGUUCUUGAUCUUCACAGUAAUAGAAUAACAAGUAUCCCUGAAAAAGUCAUCCGUCUGGAAGCGUUGCAAGAACUCAAUGUUGCUUCCAAUUCUUUAGCCCACCUUCCUGGAUGUGAUUCCUUCAGCAGCCUCUCUGUACUGAUCAUUGACUAUAAUUCAGUUUCCAACCCAUCAGCUCAUUUCUUCCAGAGCUGCCAGAAGAUUAGGUCCAUAAAUGCAGGAAACAAUCCAUUCCAAUGUACAUGUGAGCUCAGAGAAUUUAUCCGAAGUAUAGGCCAAGUUUCCAGUGAAGUGGUAGAGGGUUGGCCUGACUCUUAUAAGUGUGACUAUCCAGAAAGCUAUAAGGGAACCCUACUAAAGGACUUUCAUGUGUCUCCAUUAUCCUGCAACACAGCUCUGCUGAUUGCCACCAUUGGGGUCACUGGGCUGGUGUUGGCUGUCGCCGUGACUGUCCUCUGUGUCUAUUUCGAUCUGCCCUGGUAUCUCAGGAUGGUGUGUCAGUGGACCCAGACCCGACACAGGGCCAGGAACACAUCUUUACACGAACUCCAAAGAGCUCUUCAGUUCCAUGCCUUUAUUUCGUACAGUGAACACGAUUCUGCCUGGGUGAAGAAUGAAUUACUACCAAACCUAGAAAAAGAAGAUAUACGGAUUUGUCUGCAUGAGAGAAACUUUGUUCCUGGCAAGAGCAUUGUGGAAAAUAUCAUAAACUGUAUUGAGAAAAGUUACAAGUCCAUCUUCGUUUUGUCUCCCAACUUUGUUCAGAGCGAGUGGUGCCAUUAUGAACUCUACUUUGCCCACCACAAUCUCUUUCAUGAAGGAUCUAAUAACUUAAUCCUGAUCUUGCUGGACCCCAUUCCAAAGAACAGCAUUCCCGGCAAGUAUCACAAGCUGAAGGCCCUCAUGGCACAACGAACUUAUUUGGAAUGGCCGAAGGAGAAGAGCAAACAUGGACUUUUUUGGGCUAACAUCAGAGCUGCUUUUAAUGUGAAAUUAACACUAACCACUGAAAACAAUGACGUGAAAACUUAAAAAAAAAAAAAAAGGCCAGGAAACCUAACUUAGGAAACCAUCAUAAACAUGGGUCCUAUGAACACCCUGGUAUUAAGUUAUUAGGUGCUCGCAUCAUCUCUAUGUGUUCAAGAAAGACUUCACGCCUGGCUGACAUGGCUCAGCGGUUGAGCGUAGACCUAUGAGCCAGGAGGUCACAGUUCGAUUCCCAGUCAGGGCACAUGCCCGAGUUGCAGACUUGAUCCCCAGUAGGGGGCAUGUAGGAGGCAGCUGAUCAAUGAUUCUCUCAUCAUUGCUGUUUCUCUCUCCCUCUCCCUUCCUCUCUGAAAUCAAUAAAAAUAUAGUUAAAAAAAGAAAAGAAAGACUUAACAACAGCCAUGUUUCAAUUGAGUUGGGGAGCAGGCUGGGGCUGAGGUGGUGCUCAAACCUGCUGAUUAUGAUGCCAGAUAGCUCAGUCUCCUCUGGUUUUACCAUUGUGUUACAAAUCAAAACUGUCUCAUUUAAGUAAAUGCUCAGUCAUUCAAGGAUCUUUCCUUUCCUCCCUCUGUCAAAUGGAUUCUGUGUGAGCAGGAGUUUAUAGAACUUCCUGGCAGCAUGGAAUGAGUCAACCUCACAGCGGUAUGCAGUGGUCCUUGGGGUGCCCUGUGCAUGCUCAUUGGCUUCUGGGUGAACUUUGUUUUCCUGUUCAACUUUAGAACUUGAAAAAAAUUAUGCUGGUUAUGGAAAAUAGAGACACCAUUUUCAUCACAUCUGAAUAAUCAUUUGUUAAAUUUUUGACCUAGCUACACAGAUAUGCAGUAGUUUGUGUAUAUAAAGGGAACUAUAGCCUUAGUCAUAGGCUGUUGAGGCUAAAGACAUGGGUUUUACCUGCUUGCCAAAAAAACUCAGAGCCAAAUUUAUUUGUAACUGUUAAUUGCAUAGGACAUUUUGGUGCUUUAAAAUUUUGGAGAAUGCUUCAAAGCUUACAAAAGGUACAUUUUAAACAGAAACAGCUCUACCCUUACGACCUCACAUAAUCUUAAUUGCCUCUUUAAAGUCUCUAUCUCCAAAUAUAGUCAUACUGGAGGCCAGAUGCACAAAAAUUCAUGCAAAAGUAGGCCUUCCUUCCCCCGGCUGCCGGCACCAGCUUCCCUCUGGCACCUGGGACCUGGGCUUCACUCUGGCCCUGGCUUCAUCCAGAAGGAUGUCUGAAAUGACACCUGGAAGGACAUUUGGUCUAAUUAGCAUAUUACUCUUUUAUUAUUAUAGAUUCUAAGGAACCAAGGGGUUAGGGCUUCAACAUAUAAAUUUUGGAGAGGACACAAUUCAGUCCAUAACAGAUGACUAUGCAGAUAAAUUGAAAAAUGGUGACAGUGAUUUUUAGUUUUACCAGUAUCCUUCUCCCUUUAUUUAUUAAAUAUAUUUUUAUUGUUGAUAGUAUUACAGAUAUCUCCCAUCCCCCCUUCCUCCCCUCCUCCCAGCCCUUACUACCUUAUUGCCCAUGUCCAUGGGCUAUGCAUAUCAACACUAAUAAAAGAGAAAAAUG